AACCCCUGUGGAAUCGAUAAGAUAUUAAUCAUGCGGGAAUUUGAACGCAACUAUUUUUACUGGUGGGCAAUUGCUUCUUCUUUUUUCUCGCUUUCUUUCAUUCUUUCAUCUUUAUCAUCACAAACAAUGUACUCCUCUACCAAGGGUAACUCGCCUGUUCAAUAUCCUAUCCAAUGGAUCGCCGGUAUGGACGUCGAUGUCCAGCCCAAGGCAAACCGAAAGACCUCCAUCAUCUGUACCAUCGGUCCUGGUACCAACAAGGUCGAAAAAUUGGUCGAAUUGAUCGAUGCCGGUAUGAACAUUGUUCGUAUGAAUUUCUCUCACGGUGACUAUUCUUAUCACAAGUCCGUGCUUGACAAUGCUCGCGCUGCUGGUGCUCAGCGUCCUGACAACGUCAUUGCUAUUGCCUUGGAUACCAAGGGUCCCGAAAUCCGUACGGGUGCUAUGCGCGAUGGCAAGGAAUUGCCCAUCUCCCGUGGUCACGAAAUGGUUUUCUCUACUGAUGAUCAGUACGCCAAUGUUUGUGACGAUAAGGUGAUGUACGUCGACUACAAGAACUUGCCCAAGGUCAUUGACGUCGGCAAAUUGAUCUACGUCGAUGACGGUGUGCUUUCCUUCAAGGUGCUCGAGAAGGGUGAAGACUACGUCAAGGUUCAAGCUCAAAACAAUGGCAAGUUGGCCUCCAAGAAGGGUGUCAACCUUCCCAAGACUCCCGUCGAUCUUCCCGCUUUGUCCGAAAAGGAUAAGAACGAUUUGCGUUUCGGUGUUGAAAACGGUGUGGAUAUGAUCUUUGCCUCCUUCAUUCGUCGUGCUCAAGAUGUCAAGGAUAUUCGACGCGUCUUGGGUGAGAAGGGCAAGAAUGUCAAGAUUAUCUGUAAGAUCGAGAACCACCAAGGUUGCAAGAACUUUGAUGAAAUUCUCGCUGAAACCGACGGUAUCAUGAUUGCUCGUGGUGAUAUGGGUAUCGAAAUCCCUUGCGAACGUGUCUUCAUUGCACAAAAGAUGAUGAUCGCCAAGUGUAACUUGAUGGGCAAGCCUGUUGCCUGUGCUACUCAAAUGUUGGAAUCCAUGACCUACAACCCCCGUCCCACUCGUGCCGAAGUGUCCGAUGUCGCCAAUGCCGUGUUGGAUGGUGCCGAUCUUGUCAUGUUGUCUGGUGAAACUGCCAAGGGUGCUUAUCCCGUUGAAGCCGUCCAGACCAUGGCUGCUACUUGUAUCCUUGCUGAAUCCGUGCUCUGCUAUCCUCCUCUCUUCAACCAGCUUCGUUCCUUGACCACCUGGCCCACCGAGACCACCGAAACCGUGGCUUGUGCUGCCGUGUCCGCUGCUGCUGAACAGAACGCUGGUGCUAUCAUUGUUCUCUCCAAGUCGGGUCACACUGCUCGCCUUGCUUCCAAAUAUCGACCUGCCCAGCCUAUCAUUGUUGUCACUCGCGACGAACAAACGGCUCGUCAAUCCCAUCUUUCCCGUGGUGUCUUCCCUUUCAUCUACCGUGAAAAUGUGGAUGAGAACUGGGAAGUCGAUGUUGAAAACCGUAUCAAGUGGGGUAUCAUGCAAGGCAAGAAGUUUGGCCUUGUCAAGUCCAACGACUCUGUUGUGGUGGUUCAAGGCUGGAAGGGCGGUCUUGGCAACACCAACACUGUCCGUGUCUUGAUUGCUCCCUAAGCGCAUUUCUUUUUUCACUUCUAUUCUCAAAUAAUUUUGUUCAUUUGUAAUAUUUUUUAUUGUGACAUACAACCUUUCAAAGCAUGGAUUGCAUAAAAUAAAAGAAUCUAAAGUUUUUUCUUUGCAUUUAUUUAAAAAAAAACGGCUUCUUUUUUGACGCGAC